AUGCGCUUGAGUCCUUUACGAAACAAUAUCGGUCUCCGUUUGAUGCAUACCCAGCGCCGCAGGCCACCGCUGGCCUUUGCCUUCGACAUUGAUGGCGUGCUGGUUCACGGACCCUCCGUGCUUCCAGAGGCGAAACGUGCGCUUGCAAUACUGAAUGGCGAGAACAAACAAAGAAUCAAAAUCCCAUAUGUUUUGAUGACCAACGGAGGAGGCUCUACGGAAGCAGAUCGGGCUGCAAGGUUGAGCCAAGACCUUGGUCUUCCAGUUCAGUCAAGCCAGGUGAUCCUUUCGCACACUGUAGUACGCUCCUUCGCCCACAAGUAUGCCGAUGACCCUGUUCUUGUUCUGGGUGGCAUCAACGACGCAAUACGCAAGGUAGCGGAAGAUUACGGCUUCAAGAAGGCCUACAGUGCACUCGAUGUUCUUGCGUCUAACCCGAGCGUGUUCCCGCACUACCAUAUGACAUCUGAAGAGAUGCGCGCUGCCAAGCGGUUUGACCUCGCCAAAACAGCGUUUCGAGCUGUAUUUCUCUUCUGCGACUCGCGUAACUGGGGUCUCGAUACGCAGGUCAUGGUCGAUGUGCUCCGGUCGAGAGGUGGAGUCAUCGGCAACCCAUACCGUGCCAAGGGCGACCUUCCGAACGUCGAACUCGUGUUUUGCAACCCGGAUCUGCUCUGGCGGAACGACUUUACGAACCACCGCUUCUCGAUGGGGCUCUUCAAAGAGUCGUUUCAAGCAGUCUACAAACUCCUGACUGGGGAGACAUAUCCGUACAAGCAAUACGGCAAGCCGGCACCGCAGACAUAUUCCUUUGCGAAAGACGUAUUGUCUACCCAGGCUGAUGAAUUAGGAGGACUCGAGGAGCCCUCAAGCUCCGAAAUAAACAUCUACAUGGUUGGAGGCGAGUUAGCUUCAGAUUAA